AUGGUGAUAGCCCAACAUAAGAUGAAGUUUUCUGAAAUGGUGGAGUGCACGAGAAGUAUUGAAAUUCCGAAGGAAGCUCAACGAAAUGCAAGGGCUUGGAAACCAAGUCAAUCAAUGGGAAGUUUGAGUUCUUCUUCGGGUAGUUUUGGGAGUCAAGGGCGGAAGAGUCAGAGAGAACCAUCUCAGCAACCACCUAAUCAAUCCAACUUUAGGGUGCCUUCUUCUUCGGGAACUCGGGGUACCUCAUCUAGACCUUCGAUUGUGUGUUACAGGUGUAACCAACCAGGGCACGUCCGUACUCAGUGUCCUCAGCUUCUUAAGGCAUGUUAUAAUUGUGGUAAGACGGAUCAUCUUGCUUGGAGUUGCCCUCAAGGGGCGGGAGCGCGUAGUGAGUCGGGCUCGGUACAGCAGUCAGGGGUAGGGCGUGGUGUUGGCCAGCAGUCUUUUCGAGGUGCUCAGAGGCAACAGCAGCCUCAUUUCCGCCAGACAUCGUCAGUUCAGAGUUUUGGGGUUGACCGGGGAGCGAGUUCGUCCGCACCUUCUCAAGGUUCCGGUCAAGAAGGAGGUUUUGUGCAGGGUCAGGGUACCCAGGGGCAUGUUUUCAACAUCAACACUAAUGCUUCACCUUCAGUUUCUCAGGCCCCAGAAACAUCGGUUGUAAGGGGCACUUUUCUUCUAUUCAAUUCUUUCGCUAGGGUACUAUUUGAUUCUGGAGCAUCACAUUCUUUCAUUGCCACAUCAUUUGUAUAUGCAUUGGAGUUGGACAUCGAAAAUCUUGAUUCGCCGUUGUUUGUCGAGACACCAUUAGGGGGAAAGUCAUCUUUAAGCCGUAUCUGUAAGGGUUGCGAACUCGUUAUUUGUGACCAUCACUUCGUUUUUGACUUCAUCGUGCUGGACAUGUUGGGUUUCGACCUCAUUCUUGGAAUGGAUUGGUUAUCUACAUUCCACGCAACGAUCGACUGUUUUAAGCAUCGUGUUCAUAUAUGUCCGCCUAAGGGUGUUUGUUUCGAAUUCCAUGGGGAGCGUCGGGAACCUUUAGCACCGUAUUUGUGUGGGUCUCGGGAAAGGGAGUCGGCUUAUGCUAUGUUGGCGAGCUUGACGUUAGAUGAGGAUAUGUCUACGCGUGGGAAGUUACCUCUAGUGGUUCGCGAGUUUCCUGAUGUGUUUCCUGAAGAGUUACCCGGUUUGCCUCCCGAGAGAGAAAUCGAGUUCACGAUAGACUUGCUUCCAGGCACCGCUCCUAUCUAG